AUACAGUUUACUAAACUACAAGAGUACUCAUCGUGUAACUUCUUUGAUUUCUUUCAUGGGAAAGAGAGGAAAAUGCAACCCUAACAGCCUGCAAAAGGCCACAAAAACAGAUUCACGUAAAGCAGCAAACCAUAGCGAAGCACGCUACCGAUUCUUAUAAAAAAUUUGACAAAAAACAAAGAAAACUCUCUUGUCUCUCUAAUAAUAAACCCUACUCCUCCUUAUUCCUCUGCUUAUAUUCUCUUCUAAAGGAAACCUCAAUGUACACCACUCUUGUCUUCUUCAUCUUUUAUCAAUUCCUUCUUGAAUGGUUGAAAUAAAUUCUAUAACUAUAUAUUUUGAUGCUCUUUCUCUCUACUCCUUCUUCUCAAAGAGCUUUUGCAUGCUCUUCUCACGCGCUUAUUUGCCACUUCGGCUCCAGCAAACUAGCCUGGUACAAUCAUUGCCUUGGCCUCGGCCUCGGCCUCGAUCCCCGAAGAAAACCACACAAGAUUAAAUUACUUUAUUUUUUUUCUUUUAAUUUAAUACCCUUAGCUUCUUUCUUCCUACUUUGAACCAUCUUGUUUUCUUUUUUUUAAUUAAAGGAAGGCUGAAAAAUGGAAAAAUCGAAGAGAAACGUGAGCGAGAAAAUGUUGUUACAAAAGCAGAACAAGAACAAUAAGAAAGGUGAUGAUAAAAAGAACAGGUUCUUGAUAAGUAUCAGUUUUCUUGGUAGUGCAGGGCCUAUAAGGGUUGUGGUUAAUGGCGAUGAUCUUGUUUCUGGGAUCAUUAGCACUGCUCUAAAGAUUUAUGCUCGUGAAGGCCGGCUACCAGUUCUUGGCUUUGAUGCCAGUAACUUCCUUCUGUACUGUGUAAAUGCAGCUUCAGAUGCGUUGAAUCCAUGGGAACCAAUAGGUUCUCACGAGGGAAGGAAUUUUGUGCUGUGCAAGAAACAGGUGCAGCAAGAAACAACAGAAGUGAGGGCCGAGAUCAUAGCCAAAAAACCAUCUGGCUGGAAGGCAUGGAUCAUGGCUCAACAAGUCCUUAAAUUCUAAAAUAUUGUCUCCUAAACUAAAUUAAUUCAUUUUCAAUAUUGCAAUUAAGAACAAGCACGAACCAAGCAUCUUGUAAGCUUAUAAUAAAUGCCUGGAGUCAAUAUGAUUUGUGGCCAGGUGUGAGCUCUCCUGCCAUACCCUAAUUAAUU